CUUCCCUCUGUCUCCCGAUGACCUCGCUCCUGAUCAUCGUAUCCCUCCUCUAAGUCAUCGUCUCCCUCAACUUCCCUCUCUAUAUCCUCCCUUCCCUCCUCCAACCCCAGCUCCAUUUGGGUGACACACGUUCGCUAGUUCCACACUCUUUUAAAGAUCCUAUCCACAUCCUCCGCACCCUAAAUCACAGGUCAGACUUCUCCUACUGUCAAGUGACCUCUUCACCAAAGACGCACAUCCUUUCAAAUCGAUCGCAUCUCUCCUGAACGUUCGUGCUGCCCUCGAGAAUCGCAAGUGCGGCUUCAUUGAUUAUUUGGUAGCAGCCCAAAGCUUUUGCAGAGAACUGAAGAUUUGGUGCGCAAUUCAGCUCUGCACUCAGUUGCCGACAUCCCUUUGGACGCGAUGAAUUCACAGCCGUCUUUUGACGAGGCACUGGGUCACAAGCCCACGGUAGCUCAGCGCGAGUCUCGCAUCGGAUCUAUCUACGAGAAGUAUCUCUAUGAUCCCAAAGACUUGACAUCGGCCGAUCCGUUGCUUCGAGCUUUGGCACGCAAUGCGUCAGGGGACAAUGUCGAAGGCUCAUACGCUGGGGCCGGCGGACAUACUUCGCAGCCCUUCGGAGCCAGUGCUGGUGGGGGCUUCUACGACGAAGAGCGAAAGGGGCAAGUCAAUGCUGGCCUACAGACGCUGGAUCUCUCAGGCAACCUCAUGGAUGUCCUGCUAGAAACAGAGGAGACUGCUGAUGGCGCCCAAGGUUUCUCAGCGGUUCCCACGCCAUUCAAAGAGAGAUCGGCCUCCCAUAAAGCCCUCACCGCGCAGCUCGGUCUCGACACACCCCUCCCACCACCACAAGAGUGGAGAGAUAGCAGCUAUUUCGCAUCACGUCCUGCAGUCCCUUUCAAGCGGACUAGCGCUUCAUCGAGCCAAGCAAGCAUGUCGCCGACCAAGAGCUCCUUCCGCACCCCUCAAAGGCCGCCAAGCGCCAUCCUCCCAUCACCCAAUCCUUCCGUCCCAUCCUCAGGGUCGUCGCAGCACAGUGCCUUUCGCUUUGGCUCCGAUGUCGAUUCCCUCGCCUCGCCGCCUCUCAGUCCUUCCGAUUCGUUCAGGAAGUCAAGCCCACGCGCCCCAAAACCAUUGCUCCUCUGCCAAGGUCUCGAACCCGUCUCACCACCAAAGAGCAUGGGCAACCCUCCACCCUUGGGCUUCUCUGAGACUGGUGACGCUGCGGUGGUGAAGCAGAAGUACUCGUUGCUUCGUCGAAGUGUAGCCUUUGUCACAGGUAGCAACGGUCCGUCACGAAAGCCUAGCGUAUUGAAUGGCCGGCAAAGUCUCAUGCAGAAGUCGCUCACGCUGGUCAUGGGUGGACAGAGACCCUCCGAAGCGAGCGAAAAGCUCUUUGACGACGAAGAGACGCUGGCGCCUCCCCGUCACAGAGGGUUUGAGAAGGCAGAUACGAAGAGCCCGCAGAUCCAUCAAUUGGCCAGUCCGCGUGGAGAUACAGCGGAAUGGGAUGCAGAUGGUGCAGCCGCCCAAUUCUGGCGACGCUUCGAGCUGGCUCAGAAACGGGCAGAGCUGGAUGAGAAGUCUUCGCAGACUUUGCGACAGAGACUCGAUGCCCAGAGGAAGGCUCACCUCUGGUCGGUUGGAUCGGCUGCAAUUCUCAUAGUAGCCGCCAUCAUCGCGGUCAUCGUAUGGAGGGCGAACCUGAACGAUGCAAACACCCAGCCAAGCGCCGCAAACCGCGGUUCUUUCGCCGGCACUACUACACCCGCUCGCCGUGCCCUCAGGCCUACAGGUACCCAAGCUCGCCGUGCCCUCAAGGCCACAAGCACUCUCAUGCCAGCGUCUCAGCUCAAGCGACGUCUCAUCAUUAGGGACCAGCUUUGGGUUGAUGCCCAGGUCAAAUCGCCCACCAAAGCAUCGGGUUCUGCUGCUACCGCCGCCCAACAACAUCCUGCUGUUGACGUGAUUUCCGUCCGUUCGCCUGCAGAGAUUGGCGCCUACGAUCACCAGAACCCCGGACUUCACCGACGACUGACAAAACGUCACUCGCAGAUGAGACGCCGCCUGAGCGAGUGAUCGCAUCGGCGGGACAAGGGCUGCGUCAGCCUCGACGCUCUAUGCUCUCCGGACAAUACCCUUCGCAUUCCCCUGUCUAUAUUGCCUACGCUUCUUUUUUGAGCUUUGCAUUCUUGCUUCCCUUUUACACACGCCAGCACAAUCAUCGAUUCUUCAUAGACAUCACACUACCACACCAUGUAAUCCUACCAUCUUCUCCUUCCUCAUCGGCCGAACCACUCUUAGUCAGCCGCACAUGGACGCCGCGAGAUCUUCCUCGGGUCCAUUGCUGGGCAAUCAAUUAGAAUCAAUGUCUGUCUUCCUUUUGCUGAGCGAAUCCGUAGCACCUCUACGCACAGUCUCCUCGCGGCUCAUAGGCCCAAUGUCUGCAGUCUCUCGAUACCUUCCUCUUCUAAUCUCAUCCCCGUCCACCCCAGCAUGG